UUCAAACUAGUUCCUUUUGUCAGCAACAUAACUGAUUCUCCACCAAUGGGUAUUUUUUCAUGGUUCAAGGGAACCAAAAACGAUACCAACUCCAAACCCGCGACCCAAAAACCCGAACCGGUUAAAACCCAAUCCGCUUCUGAAGUUCCAGGCAUGAACGGAGCAGUGGAGGUCCGACGGCCCGGCCCACCACCAGCUGAUAUCACCGUUUUCGAAUUCGGUUCCGUUGCCGCUUCUGCCGAUAAGGUCACCCUCGCCGGCUUCUGCCCUGUUUCCGACGAGCUCGAACCUUGCCGCUGGGAGAUUCUGCCGGCUCAAGGCUCCGACGCCCCUCAAUUUCGCGUAGUCUUUUGACGGAAAAAAUAAUUGGCGAAAAGGAAAUUGAGAAUUUUCAGCUUAGCUUUUGAGGAAAUGGUGAGGAGGAUUAAAUCCCAAUCCUGAGUAGAGUUUCUUCAGUCUCAUUUGGGUUUUUAUCUAUGUUAAAGAUACAAAAAAGCUUGUAUCUUUUUUUCUCUUUCAUUUUUGAAGUUUCUCUGUAAUUUAGCUCUGUUUGACACAUUGAUUAGAAUAUGAUAAAGACCUUUACUGCACUUGGUUUUUCCUUUUUUUUUGGUUAGGUCCAAAUUUGGGUACUAUUGGCUUGAAAACAUGAGAAGGAAGAGGAAAGAAGUUAAUUUGUUGU